AAAAGUAAGUUUAGCAACUACAAGAUGAAAAGAUUUGUUAUGAUUCCAAUAUUGCUAGUUUUAUUGCUCCUCACUAUGGAGCAAGGGAAUGCUUUUGAUUGCGAGGCAACCGGAAAAUCAUUAUUUCCCUGUGGGGUAUUCAUCAUUGGUGGUUCUGUCGAGCCUUCAACUAGUUGUUGUAGUGCUGUACAAAAUCUAAAAGCUUCAGCACCCACUCCAGAUGACAAGCGUAAUGCUUGUAUAUGCCUUAAAGAAGUGGCUAGUCACUACCCUAACAUAAGAGAAGACAUAGCUGCCACACUUCCACAACGUUGCGGUGUUGACAUAAAUUUUACUAUAAGCAAAAAUAUGGAUUGCGAUAACCUUCCUCCCCUUCCUUGAGCUCAAUGAAGAAAAUAACAUGCUAAAUGGGAUGGACACAUGGUUAUUCUUCAAUAGUAAAUAAGUGCAUCCUUCAAUAGUAAAUAAGUGCAUCAUGUAAUAUAUAUUAUAUUAUGAAGUCAAACUUUUUUUUUUAAGGAAUUAUGAUGUCAAACUUAAAAUGUGAUGUUAACAAAAAUUAAUUAUACGACUUCUAUGU